AUGAUGCCAGGUUUGAAUAAAAAAUGUACCAAUGUAUCAAGCGAAGUUAUAAGUGAUGGAAUAGGAGACAGAGCUGUAGCUGACGGUAUAAAUGUUGGAUUUGUGACAAAUACAAGAAUUACUCAUGCUACACCUGCU